AAUACACAAUUAAAUAAAAAAUAUACAAAAACAUGAAAAGGUCAAUGUUAAAGUGAAUAGGCCAAUUGGGAAAGAUGAGUUUUUAUCUUUGAUUUGAAAUGUGGGAGUGUGUCAGUGUUGCCGAGGUCAGGGGGGAGUGAGUUCCAAAGCCGGGGAGCAGAGCAACUGAAUGCCCGGCUCCCCAUGGUGACAAGAUGGGCAGAAGGGACAGAAAACUGAACCACAAAAACAUGAACCAAAAAGGCUCAAAAAUACGGAUCAAAUCCAUCUAUGAUUUUUUUUUUUACAUUCAGUUGGUUUGUCGAGUGUGAAAUAAUUUAUUAAAUAUGAGUAGUAUUGUUAAUAAUACUCAGGCGACUUGCAAGCUCUAAUAAUUUAAGCUUUAUUUAUUUUUUCAUUUACUUGAACAGAGUUUAAGUAGAGGACGAACAGCAAUUCAGUUACAAUAACAAACAACCAGGGGAGGUUACUUACAUAAAAACAUUCAUGCACAUUUUCUUACAUCUUUAAGGCAUUUAGUACACUAUGAUGAUGUUUGAUUAAUUUUACAUUUAUGGAAAUAGAAUUUCACCUGAAGAAUUAAUUUAUUAUUAUUAUAUAUUAUUAUUAUUAUUAUUAUUAUUAUUAUUAUUAUUAUUAUUAUUAUUAUUAUUAUUAUUAUUAUUUUAAUCUUACAAUGCUUUUUUUAGUUUCUGAAAAACAAAGUUCAUUUUCUCAUCUUGGGUAAUGUCAUGUUGCGUUAACAAUCCGGGACAUUUAUUGUGAAAGUGCAAACCGGAAGCUCAUUCAAAUCGCAGGAAAGCGGAGUUUCAUCAGGGCAGAGCCGGCUGCUGACUGUCUGUCCCUUCAGUGAUGAGCGCACCGGCUGCUGCGGGCGGGAAGGGCGCUCACUGACUGAGCCGUUGGCUGAGGUGGUUGUGGGUUUGAUCGCGGCAGCGCCGGCUGGAGUGAGUGAUCGACAGGAAGAUGCUGACCGACAUGAUUGCAGAGGAGGAAUUCGAGAUGAAGGAGGAGGAACCGUGGUUUGACAAGCAGGACCUUGAACGUGACCUCCAGCUGGCAGCCGAGCUGGGGAAGACCCUCCUGGAGAGGAACCGGGAGCUGGAGCAGGGCCUGCAGCAGAUGUACGCCACCAACCAGGAACAAGUGCAGGAAAUCGAGUACCUGACCAAGCAGGUAGACCUCCUGAGGCAGGUCAACGACCAGCACGCUAAAGUGUACGAGCAGCUCGACCUGUCGGCCAGGGAGCUGGAACAGAGCAACCACAAACUGGUUCUGGACAACAAGAAGGCCCAGAAGAAGAUCCAGGGGCUGACGGAGACGGUGGACCUGCUGCAGACGCAGGUGGAGGAGCUGCAGCAUAAGGUGGAGGAGUUGAAGCUGAGUCAGUCCCAGAAACCUCCUCCGAGACGGAGGUCUUCUGCUCGCAGCGCUCAGAGUGUUUCUUGCCUGCAGGAGCUGCAAAACACAUUCGGGUCUGACUGUGAUGCUGAGGAGGCCUCAAUCGACCUCGAGAACUCCUCCGUCACGUCGUGGCACGAGGAAGAGCAGGCGUCGCUGCGGCAGUCCCUCCGUGCUCUCCAGGUGCAGUUUGCCACUGAGCGUGCUCGGAGGGAGGAGGCGGAGCGUGGGGCUGACCUGCUCGUGCAAGAGAACGCCGAGCUGGAGCAACAGCUGUCACAGCUGGAGGGAUCCCAGGCGAGGGUGUCCGAGCUUGAGCGAGAAGCAGAGGAGCUCCGUCAGCUUUGGAAGUUGGAAUCCUCGUCAAGAUCUUUAAGGCCAGAUUGCAUCCAAGGCUUCCUGCUGCACCCAGAAGAGGAGAGCGAAGGAGAGCCGGCGGCGAAGAGCCCAUCUGUCCUGAAACGCUGGGCCAGUGAGCGGCAGAUGAAGGCCACACAGGCGCCAGACACCCCCAACAGGAUCUAUGACCACGAGUGCUCCUGCGUGCGGCGGGCUGAGGUGGUGAAAUACCGUGGGAUCUCGCUGCUCAGUGAAGUUGACGCCCAGUACAGUGCCUUGCAGGUGAAGUACAACGAGCUGCUAAACCGCUGCCGCCCAGGGGUGGAGAGGGAGGAGCAGGACGGGCAUCACGAGGAGGAGCAGUCUGCAGAUCUGGACCCAGCCCGGCCAGCUCUGUCUCAAUGGGAGGACUUGAACGACGGCUUCCACCAGCCUGAGUACAAAAAGCUCUUCAGGGAGAUCUUCUCCCGCAUUAAGAAAACCAAAGAAGAGCUGAGUGAAAACCGAGAGAGGCCAUGAUGAGCCGGCAGCUUCUACUGCGUCCAGAAAUGCUAGUUUAGAUUGAAACUCCAACAGGACAGUUGUCAUUUGCACAGACUCUUUAACAGCACUGACUGUAGCAUCACCAUCACAAACCUUUCUGGGGAAACGUUUUCAUCAACCGUCAUUUCAUUUGAUCAUUUCUUAUAGUUUUCUAGAAGGAAAAAAGACCCUUAUUUAACCCUCUGGCUAUUUGGUGCUAUAAAAAAACAGGUCAACUUUCUCUUAGUAAAUGUUAAAAAGAAUGUAAAUAAAGUUUUAAGUAGGCGAAUACCACUUUAAAUUAUUACCGUCAUUAAUGUGACAGUUUUUCACUUCUUAGCACUUUUAAAAUUCACUGCUCGGUUCAGCUGCUGCUCCUCAGGUGAUUAUCUUUGAUUUAUGUCCAAAUAUUUGACAAAAAAUGCACAUCAAAAAUAUAUGUAUAUAUAUGUUUUUGCUUUAAGUAGCUCUUUCUUUCAAGAAAACAAAGGGAACCCCAUAAGAUAUAACUUUUGUAUAUCUGAAUCUGUUUAAAAGUCUUGUCUGUAUGACGAAUGAACCCAUGCCUGACCUUCAGAGUAUGUAGGUCAUGGAUGUGCUUAGAUUUCACUGUAAAUGAUUUUUGUUUUUUGAUGUUCAGUCGAUUGUACGGUAGGUUAGUUGGCUGUGAAUGUACUAAAAGAAGGUUUGUCUGAGCAUGGAUCCAGUGAAGGCCUGAAAAAAGGAACUCCUAGAAGCUUCUUUUAGCUGCAGUUUGGUCGUUUCUGCUGCCUGUUGUGUGUUAAGCUUAAAGUCUGUACCACUGUUUAUAAAAUCACACCGAAGUGCACCAAGCGGUAUCUGGUGUCCGCUUGACACCGUUUAUGGGGGUGGAUGGUGAAGCAACGUGGGCUCUUUAAUUCACAUUGUAAACGUGGAUGAUCUGGACACCUUGACUGGAUGUUUCUGCGUGAAGCCAUACAAAACAGAACAAGCUGUGCAUUUCAUUCAUGUCUAAUAAACCUCAUUUGUAAAUGUG